UGUUAUUCUUUUAAAUAUUCAAACCUACUCUCAUAUUGAUGAGGGAAAGUUAAUGACAUAAUUUUUGUGUUAUUUUAUAAUAUGUUAGUGUGGCUUGUUUAUAUAUCAUUCUGAGGUGUGAUUUGUGAGGAACAAGCUGUGUGUAUAGUAGUGCAUAUAUUUAACAAACAAUAGUUUGAAGCCCUUGUGAUUAGAUAAUAGAUAUAUUGUAGAAUAUUAAAGCACAUAAAACGUUUUCACUUCACGUCUACUGGGAUUAGCGACGUGCGCUGUCCGUGGCUGGCACGCUCCACUGCCGCUAGAGUGAUGUCCAUGUUUUAAAAAAGUGCGGACGCUAGUGACUUACUCGUUUAACAAAACAGAUAAACAAGAGGAGAAUUCUUUCAUUGCUAGUGAUGUGAUUUCAUGACAAGAUGUCGGAGGGAUCUGUGAGUACGACCAGUUCUCGGAUAAAGCAGUUCGGUUUAUACAGAACGAUUGAUGCGAGGACGGAGGAGUUCCUCAGGCUCUCGAGGAAGCGCCAGAUCAAACAGGGGUGCGCAUGCGCAGCCGUCUCCACGGCUAUAACUGUUACCAUAGUAGUUGUAGUUCUACUGAUCUAUGAAUAUAUGAUUGUUGUAGAAACCAAUUUAGUACAAAUUAAGAGACGAAUCAAUUUAAAUCACAGUAAUACUGACCAUCCCGUAGCAGAUAAGCUUGAUAGAAGUAAUUUUGGCUUCGAUCAAGAUUAUUAUGAAAAAAUGCCUCUUCUUGUAAAUGGUCUUCAAGAAAAUAGCUAUAUCGAACCAACGGUAGAACUGCCCGUUGCUGUUUUAAAAAGUGAUAGAAAAGCGAAAAUUAUUUACAUAAGACCCACUGCAGCGAGAAAAGUAAAUAAAUUUAAUGAAAAUAAAUUUAUAAGAAGAACAAGUCCAAGACCAUUUGACUUUGAAUAUAGGAGUCCCUAUCCGCAGCCAUUCGCUAAAUCUAAUGGACAUCCUAAGAAUUGGGUAGAAAGAUAUCGCAAUGCGGAAAGACUAAGGAACCUCCAUGAUGUGAUUAAAUAUCUUGAGAAAACCUUAAAUGCUAAGUUCGGAGAUAUGUACUUACCAAGCAAAGCACAAGUUGCGUUUUCAGGAGUUUUUAUGUCACCAACGAACAGUGAAGACGGGACAAAUGCGCCAAGUGGCGAUCUAAAACCUGCGAGCUCGAUGGAUGUUGAAGUGAGAUCCAAUCAUAAAUCGGACCCUCUUUAUAUGUUUAGACCAGAUAAUCCAGGAGAUGUAAACUUACUUGCAGACGGCUUCAAAUUUUCACCAACAAUAUUUUCAACACUAAAUAGAAAAAAUAGUUUAAAUUUAGCAUCUAAGUCUUUGUCAGCCCCACCCACGAAGUGUUUUGGCAUUGAAUGUAAUAAAGGUUAUAGAAACGUAUAUAAAAACGUAUAUUUGGAAAAUGCUGAUGAAUCCAAAACUAAUACUGAAAAAUCUGGUAACGAGCCCAAAUCAUUUAGUGUAAUGCUAAAUUUAAUGCCCCUUCCUACAAUGGACUCUUCGUCUACAAAAUUUAAUAAUGAAAAAGAGAAAAUCUAUUUGACGACCCCCAAACCUUGGUUUUAUUUUAAAAGGAAAACUAUAUUCCCUGUAAGAAGAACUUUCUUGAGAGGUGAACGACCUAAAUACAUUACAGGAAAACAGGGAAACUAUUAUGAACCUCUUUCGAAAAGAAAUGAAAAUAUUCCCGAAGUAAACGUUAAGUUCAAUAUAUUUUCAACGACUACUGAUAAAAAGACACGUAAUGAUCAAGGUGAUGUAGAUAAAGCUCCUCUAAGCACGAUUACCUCAACGGAACCUUCAGUUACUGAAUUUAAAUACACUAAUGAUGGCGAAAUGUUAAACUCUUCACACGUCGAGGAUUACCAUGUUGGUAGUUCUGGUAUUAUCCCUAUAGAAUUAAGACCAACGCUGAUGACUUAUCCAAUCAACACGCCUAUGACGCCCCUGACGUCAUCCGUAGCUUCUACUGAAACAGUGUUUACUAAUUCGCCCGAAAUAUUCAAGUUUAGUCCAGAGGACGCGCGAAUACCCGAUCACUAUCAGAAUAAACAGAACUCUGAUGUGAUUGAGUACGAUGAACCAAGAGAUGUACAGACGGAAUCCAACAACGUAGGAUUAACUGAAAGCGAAAACAAGGAUAUUGUUAGGCAAACACUCGCUAUAAAGUUGAGGAAUGUUGUUGAAACUACAACUGAAACACAAACGUCAGAGGAUAACAUUUAUAAUUAUAAUUCAGAAACUACAACUGGAAACGAAAUAGAGACAACCACAGGUACCUACGUUCCCCAGAUAAAUGGUCAUUACAGGGACAUGAAACGUAAGAUGUUGGCGACAAUUUUGCAAGAAAAUUCAGAGCGAUACCGAAGGAAAAGACUCGAAAAUCUACUUACAAUACCCAAAUCGACGUACGUACCGAUGUACGAUUUACGACGAAUACAAGAAAAUUCGAACAAUGAAUGAGUUAAAUAGAUAAAUUAAGUUAAUCGUUUUGUUAAACAACUUAUUCAUACAGUCUUUAAUUAGCUUUCGUAUCUUUGUAUACCUUAUUAUAGUAUCCCACCGAAAAUAUGGUUUCCAUCGGUUGUCCAAAAGUUAAAAGCUUUCCUUUGAUAAGUCCCGAAACUUUUUAUAACUAUGAUUAUUUCAAUAAAAUUAAAAUAACGACAA